AUGGAUUCGGUUAACUUUGACUACGACAUCCUGAACCCCAAAUCUGUUAAUCGCUGCAAUUUAUCCAACUCAAACUACGAAACGGAUUAUCUUGACAAUUUCUACUACAAUCCAACUCCCAAAAAACUCUUCCUAAUCGUCUAUAUCACCUUAUCUAUCAUCUCCAUAUUUGGAAAUUUGUCUUUAUUAUAUGUCAUCUACUUGACUAAAAAAACAGUGGUUGAUUUUUUGAUUGGUGGUCAGAGAUCUACAACGAUGGCAAUUUCAUUCACCAUAGUGACCUUGAGUUGUUACAAACUUUGGACCGUUACUAGAAAUUCAAAAACGAUUAAAAGUAAACCGGAUAAAAAAGGUGUUGUGCUGCUGUUUGUGUUGCCCUGGUGUCUGGCCGUCUUAUUUGGCUUUCCAUAUUUUUUUAUGAGAACAGUCAGGUACAGGCGAGAAACUUGCCUAACUUAUUGCGAAACCGUUCCUAACUCGUUGCUUUCAAUGGAUCUAUGCUUCACUCUACAAAAUUGCAUAGAAUAUUAUAUUCCUGCCAUCAUCCUCAUUGUCGCCCACUCAUUGAUAUGGUGUAAAAUCCAAAACAAAAACAAUGUUUACAUUAUCUUUGGUAAUAGAAGCGGUAAUAGUAGUAGUAGUCCGGUUGCUGGUGAUGAUAGUGAUAUUGCCACUUUCUGUAAUUAUGAAAAUGUUGGUGAUGAUAAUGAGGAUGAUCAAAAUGAGGAUUGCCUAUCUGCUGAUAGAAAGGAAGCCAUGAUGAUGACGUCAAUUGCCACUAUUUUUGUUUUUUCAAAGCUACCCUGGCAUCUAUUGGACACAGUUUUACCGCAUUCAGAAGAUUUCUUAUUUUCCGCCAUUCUGUUUUGCCUAGUUAGGGCGGCCCAUGUAAUUGAGUUUGUGGGGGUCAUCGCGUACCCUCUGGUGUAUUUCAAGAUGGGGUCAAAGUUCACCGAAGUCGGGAAAAGAUUUUGGGGGUUGUUUCUGUCGGAGUUUCGUGGGGGUCGCCAGUUAAUUGAGGGGACGUAUCAUCUCCAUCAAAUUGAAUUGUUGAAUUGA